UUUUCAAAUAUCGUGACACUACUCCAGCAAACUCAUAAACCUCUCUCCCCCUGCUGCACUAUACCUCCUUCCUCGUCCAUGGCUUCACUGUACUCGCCAUCUUCCAUCCUUCAUCCGCCACUUCUCCCUUCAUCACAUCCUCGUCUCCAAUUUCGUCGUCGGAAUCAGUUAUCUCUCCCCUUCUCAUCUUCACAGAACUCGCUUCGUUCCUUCGGUGUCCCUCGUUCCUCCCCUGAGAUUCCAACUCCUUCAACCGAAGCCCCCAUCUCCAUCAUCACCUUCGAAGAUAUCGUGGAGAAGGACUGGUCGUUCCUCGAAACCGACGAGACGAACUCCGACGAACAACGUACUCGGAAGACUGACCGGAUAAUCUCCGCUGGACAAAUCAAUGGGGACUCUAGGGUUUUGGUUUCUAUCGCCACAGAAGAAUUUGUCGACCGCUUGGUCGAAUCAUCGCCGUCGUGCCGGCUUAUGCUUUUCGUCCACGACUCUCUAUUCGUUUUAGCCGGGAUUAAAGAGAAACACGACAGUGUCAAGUGUUGGCAAGGCGAAUUGAUCAAUGUGCCUGAGAAAUGGACGCCCUUUGAUGUAGUUUUCCUUUGCUACUUGCCUGCUUUGCCCUUUGAACUCGAUAAGAUUUUCGCUUCUCUGUCCCGACAUUGUUCACCAGGUGCAAGACUGGUAAUCAGCUACUCUCAAGGAAGGGAAGUUGUAGAGAAGCAAAGACAACAGUAUUCUGAUGUGGUGAUUUCUGACUUGCCUGAUAGACUUACUUUGGAGAAGGUUGCAGCCAAUCAUUCAUUUGAGAUAGCUGAAUUUGAAGACGAGCCUGGUUUCUACUUUGCUGUUUUGAAGUUUUGCAGAGAAGGCACCCCGGCAGAGUAAACUGUUGAGUUUGAGCUUCUGUUGUCACCAGGAGUUAAAAGAAACCAUGACAACUUCAUGUCCAAGAAUUGGAAAUGGGAUCAGUAACUGCCAUGGAUUCAUCUGAGUUUUGAAGUAUAUUUUGCAUAGACAACCUUUUGUAUUUUAGGGUGUUACCUGUUGCUAAUCAAUGCCUGUAUUUGUAAUUUUCAUCUCUGAUUAGAUGAUUUUAGGCCGGAAAAUUGUUUUUCUUUUGAACUGUGUUUUUCGUUUUCAAAUAAAAUGCAGUCCUUUUUUUGAUCA